CUGUCCUGCUCCUGCCCAGCUUACAGGAGCAGCAAGCAGAAAGGGAUGAUCACCUCAGCACCUGCCCCCCUCCAUCAUGGGAAAUGAAUGUAGUUGUGGUCCAGAAAUAGAAGUAAUACGAAUAGAAGAGAGAGAAAGGCAAAAAAAGUUGCUUCUUGCGAAACGUCACCAAAAAUUGGUUAAUGCAGCUAGAAAGAUCCAGGCCUGGUGGCGUGGCAACCUGGUCCGCCGGACCCUGCUGGUUGCCGCCCUCAGGGCCUGGAUGAUUCAGUGCUGGUGGAGAACAGUGCUGCACAGACAACACCAGAAGCUGCGCCAGUCCCUUCUGAGGAUGUAUGUGGUCCAGGAACAAUCGGCAGUCAAGCUCCAGUCCUGGGUUCGCAUGCAGCGGUACCGUCACCAUUUCUACCAAAUGUGUGACUCUCUCUGUGUGUUCCAGCCCCGGGACAGCAGCCUUGUCUUCCAGAGCAAAGACGCUGUGCAGGGGCAAUGUGGAGCCAUUUUCAGGCAACCAGAGUUCCACAUUGAAAUCUUGUCCAUCUAAAAGCCUGCAGCACGAAGGCCUUGCUCCCAUGCCUCAAUAAAUGUCUGACCUGGG